AUGUCGACGACAAUUACUUGGGACUUAACCAGAUCUGAAGCGUCUGAAAACCGAGAAGAUUUUCAAUUGAUUUGGUUUGGUUCCAAAAGUUACGAUACACCAUCUAGUCAUCUCAUUCAUAAUAUGCUAUUGGAUCUCAAUCCCACGGCCCAAUUUUAUAGUGAUGUGUCACUAUGUGAGAAUUUUAUUAAAACUACAAAAAAUGAAACACUCAUAUUGAUUAUGUCUGAUGAGUAUGCUAACGAUUAUUUGAAGAGAAUGGCUACAGUACGCGCUGUUCGUGCUGUAUUCGUCUAUAGUAGAAAGGAAUCAAAUGAUAGGGAUUAUCGAGCACAACAUUCAAAGGUUAUUAACAUAUUCACUAGUAAACAUCAAUUGAUCAAGUCAAUAAAAAUGACUAUACGGCUGUUGGAAAAGCAAACAUGUGCAUUUAGUUUAUUUAAGCAAAACCAAAAAACAGCAAAAGAUUUAUCACGAGAAUCUGCUUCUUUCAUAUGGCAUCAACUACUCAUACAUGUUCUUCGGCAGAUGAUGGACGAUGAACACGCAAAAAUUGAUAUGUUAAACAAAUGUACUGACUAUUAUCGAUUUAACAAAACGGAACGUAAAAAUAUUGAAAGAUUUCGACUUACUUAUUGUCCGGAAAAUGCAAUUCGUUGGUACACAGAAGAUUCUUUCGUUUACAAACUACUGAAUAAAGCUCUUCGUACAGAGAAUAUUGAAUUGAUUUAUGCAUUUCGAUACUUUAUUAUUGAUUUAUGUGCCGAAUUAGAACAUCGAAGACUUAAGCUGAAUGAAAAUGAAACUUUAUUACUUUAUCGUGGUCAACAAAUACCUAAUGAAGAAUUUGAGAAAUUGCAGAAAAACGUUGGCAAAUUGAUAUCACCUAAUGGAUUUUUAUCUACGUCACGAGAUAAGAGAAUCUCAGUGACCUAUGCUGGAAAAAUUUUGAAUCAGAUGACCGCUGUUCUAUUCGAAAUUGAAGUUGAUUCUUCAUCUCAAUCAGUCAUAUGUGCUGACAUUGAGAAUCAGACCGUCUUUCCACAGGAACGCGAAGUCCUAUUUUCGGUUGGGUCUACAUUUAAAAUCGAUUCGAUCGAGUUUGAUAAAGAUAUGUCCUUGCAUGUAAUGCGACUUAAAAGUGUUGACGCUUCGGAACGCGUUGAAGAAUAUUUGAAAUUGGCAACGGAUGAAAUGAAAGAUACAAGUCCCAUGCUAUAUUUCGGUAGCCUUCUUCUUCAUGAGCUUGGACAAAUUGAACAUGCCAAAAAAUAUUUUAAAGUUUUACUAAAAACACUACCAUCUGAUCAUCCAGAUAUUGCUGGUUUAUAUACGGGACUAGGACAUGUAUGUAUGAAAAAAGGUGAACAUCAACUGGCGUUAGAGAAAUAUAUGAAAGCGUAUGAAAUACGUCGCGAUAAACUCUCCAUUCUAAAUCCUCGUAUUGCUGCGUCAUUACGCAAUAUUGCUCAUGCACAUAGAUCAAUGGGUAAAAAUGAUCAAGCUCUUGAAUUCCUUCGAGAAGCAAGAUAUAUUAACGAUAGAAACUAUUCGAAUGAUCAUCUGGACGUAGCGAUGACACUGGAAGAUACCGGUUUAAAUUAUCAAGAUAAAAACGAUUUUUCAACGGCUCUUAUCUGGUUUAAAGAUGCUUUAGAAACCUUGAAACGUGUGCUACCUUCAGAACAUCCCCAAAUUGCUCAAUGUUUAGGACGCAUAGGUAAUCUAUAUAAAUGUAUGCGUCAACAUGAUUAUGCAUUAAAGUAUCUUUGUCAAGAACUAGAGAUGGAUGAAUUUUGCUUGCCGUUAGAUCACGUCGAUGUUAUCAAUGAUUUAACACGCAUAGUAGAGAUAUACAAGUUAAUAGGUGCGUAUGAUCAAGGAUUACAGUUUUGUCAAGCAAAAUUAGCUACAUAUACAGAUAUAUUGGGUGAAAGUCAUCCACGUUCUGUUAAUACACUUUUAAACAUUGCCAGUUUGCAUUUAAUGAACAAUCAACUUGAUGACGCAUUGAAUGUAUGCAAACAUACUUUAUCAAUAGCAAAAAAUGUUGUUCCGAUGGACACGCAUAGUGCAAUUGAAUGUCUGAAAUACAUGAGUAAUAUAUAUCAAAUAAAAGAAGAUUUAUAUCAGUGCCUUGAUUGCCAUCAGCACCAGCUUGAAUUAGAAAAAACAAUUUAUUCUUCCAAACAUUGUAACAUAGGAUGGACUCUUAUGUGCAUAGGAGAUGUAUAUUAUAAAUUAGGCUACUACAUAGCAUCAUUGACUACCUUGAAAGAAGCCAUGGCCAUUUACGAGGAAAUGUCUCCACGAAAUGACGAUAAUCUUCAUGCUAUUGAACAAAAGAUUAACUUAGCAAAACGAAAACAAUCUUUUCAAACGAAACCUCUCGAAUGGAAACCAGCAAAACGCACACCAAGACAUAGAUUAAAAUCAAGAUCUCAAUCUACCAGUAAUUCCAGAUCAUCUUCUGGCUUUCGUUCAAGUGAUUAG